AUGUUAGAGGGUCUGUUUCCUAUUCAUUUGUACAUGUGCAGAUAUUAUGAAGAUUUUCAAAUCCACAGAGAGACUGGAGAAUCUAACCUGACACAGAUAUUUACACAGCAAGCUGUGGACUUUAUAGAAAAACAAGCACAGAGUCAGAAGCCAUUUUUUCUUUACUGGGCCAUCGAUGCCACCCAUGGUCCAGUGUAUGCCAGUAAGCCUUUCUUGGGUACAAGUAGGAGAGGUUUGUAUGGAGAUGCAGUUAAGGAAAUAGACUCGGCAGUUGGACAGAUUCUUGAUGCACUGAAGACACAUAAAGUGGAUGACAACACUCUUGUUGUUUUCUCCUCUGACAAUGGAGGUGCUAUGGUCUCUAAAGACAAAGGUGGCAGCAAUGGUCCCUUUUUGUGUGGAAAGCAGACGACAUUUGAAGGUGGAAUGAGAGAGCCAACCAUCGCAUGGUGGCCCAAACAUAUCAAACCCAGACAGGUAUCAUAUCAGCUGGGGUCACUCAUGGAUAUGUUCCCUACUCUGUUGAGCCUGGCUAACAUCACUCUCCCUAGAGACAGGGUCAUUGAUGGCAUUGACCUCUCUGAUACACUGCUGAAUGGCAAGAACAUAGACAGACCAAUAUUUUAUUACCGUGGGAAUGAGAUGAUGGCAGUUAGACUGGGCAUGUACAAAGCUCAUUACUGGACGUGGACCAAUGGACUGCAAGAACUCAGGCAGGGUAUAGAUUUUUGUAGAGGAGAAAAUGUCAUCAAUGUUACAACUCAUGAUCAGAGAAAUCACACGUCUCAGCCCCUUCUGUUCCAUGUUGGGAGAGAUCUAGGAGAGAGAUAUCCCAUAAGUCCUAAUUCCAUAGAGUAUCACAGUGCCAUGAAGAAGAUAAGCAAGGUGGUCAGGGAUCAUAAGACCAACUUGCACCCCGGUCAGCCUCAGUUGAACUGGUGUGACACGGGAGUAAUGAACUGGAAACCCAUAGGAUGUGAAAAACUGGGGAGGUGUUUACCAGCCCCAAGUUCAAAUCCCUACAAAUGUGUGUGGAUGCAUUGAUCUGUUGAAGGAAUACAAUUAUCAUUUUGCUAAAAAUUUAUUUGGCUCUGUUCCUGGGAAUAAGGGGUUCGCAUUAAUACAACCCUUGUAGUUCAACUCAUAAGAAAUACAAUUAUUUUUGAAAGGAUUUUAAAUAUUUGUAAACAUCUCUUUUACUGCAUAUAUAUUUUGUGACAAAGACAAGCUUAAGAUUUUAAAAGAGACGACAGCAUAAAAAAUUAGUGACUAUAAAAAGGUAUUUUAUGGUCUUGCAAUGUAUCUCACCAUCAAUUUACCAAAUACUAAAUCUUUAUUAUUCUUAUGAUAUAUGUGUGUUUGAGGUUGAGGUUUUGUAUGUAAUGAUAUUUCUAUCAUCUACUUGGUGCUAUUUUUUAGCUUUUUUUCUACUUAUUUUAUUAAUUUUUUGAUAUUAUAUGAUAUAGGCAGGGUGACUUGGGGGCAGGGAAUAAAACAUUUAAAAGAAAUGUGCAAGGACAUUACAGGUUUUACAGUUAUAUAGGUGAGGAUGAAGAAUUAUUUUUAGAGGAAAAAGAACUGCUUUUUAAAAAUAAAUGAACAAAUAUUAGGAUAUUAAUAUGGAGCAAGAAGGGAACAAUUUAGUGGAGUAUGUUCUUGGGGACCAGUGUUGUUAUUGAUGUGAAAAUAUCAUUUAUACAAUAA